AAAAUAUGGUCAUACUAAACAGUAAUAACAGACCUAUUUUUAAUGCAUGUCAAUAAUUUUUAGCAUUGAAAUAUAUGUAUAUGCAAAUUAUAUGAUGUCACAUUGACCACAUUGCUUGGUAUCGGAUCGACAGCGACGUUCGCCGUAUCGCCCACCCGUAACUUCCGCCCAGCGACUCUGUUGUUGUCACGAGCAGGCCGCCGAGGCCACGCCCCUUCAUGAAUAAUUCAUCACCCUCCCUCCGCCAGCGCAGGCUCGUGCCAGAGAGGCUUCCCAGACGUUAGGCGGGCUCUACGUUUCACCGGUAAAACCCUCCGCCGCCGUACUAUCGCCGCUCCCUCCGUCGUUAAAGGACAUGAAAACACCCAGCAACGGCUGGGGCGUGGGAGUUGGCCUCCGGCAGGUUUUCUGCCGGUGUGUUUACCGGAGAAGACGCAGCGAGGGCUUGACAUCACCCCGACCGUGACCGACCUAUUAUCUGCCAUUAAUGACGCCAUUUGUAUCCACGCUGGAGUGAAGACUAACACACAGGUGAGCCACGGAAGUACAUUGUGAGCAAUCAUGUUCCGAAGCAGCCUGAAGAUGUUGCUGGGAAGCAAAAGCCGCAAGAACAACAGUGGUGGCAGCAGCAUUGAGUCUGCGAGCUCCGAGAUAAGACUGUUGGAGGGAUUCACUCGUUCUCUUCCCUCCUCUCCUCUCCUUAACAUUCGUCCGGCCAAAAGAACAUCCGGUGAGGAGGAGGAGGAGUUAGGGCCGCCUCCCUCAGUGGACGAGGCAGCUGAUGCUCUGAUGACCAGACUGGGCUUUUUAUUGGGAGAAAAGAUCGUCAGUGGAGAGCCUGUCUCCCCUAACCACAGCCAGACUGAUGGCCAGCAGAGAAUAUCCCCUUCCUCCAGUCUGGCCAGCAGCAGCACCUCCCCCUCCUCCACAUUACAGCCCCCUGCUGAAGUGGAGGGUAACAACAACAAUAAACAAACUUCAUCCAUCCAAGCCUGUGUCUCCUCCCCCUCAUCAACCCUGGAGAGUCGAGAUAGUGGCAUCAUAGCCACAUUGACCAGCUAUUCUGUUGAAUCAGCACCAGAGCAUGACGACAACACCAAACACGCCAGUGACGGUUACCAAGGCAGCAGCCUCAAACUCAGGAGACAAGGGGGAUGGCCAGUGGUGACCUCAACCUCCUCCUCCUCUAUGGUUGCGACAGGAAGCUUGAACGAUGACUUCCCGUACAAGGCGGGGGACAGCAUGGCCUCCACAUACAGCCUGAACAAACUCCACCCAGAAUGGGGACAAGAUGCAAAUCGCUUGUCUGGAUCCACCCACUCCAUCCCGCUCUAUCUUAUGCCCCGCCCAAACUCUGUUGCUGCCACUAGUUCUGCUCACCUUGAAGACCUGGCCUACCUGGAUGAACAGCAAAGGCCCACCCCUUCCAGGUCAUCCCUCAGAAUGCCCAGACAGAAUUCUGGAAGUCGAAGUCAACAGGAGCAGAGAGUUCAGUUCACUCCAUACCUCAAUUUGAAGCCCCUUCACUUUGAAAUUCCUGGACUGUUGUCGGAUUGGCGAUUCACGGGAAGGGAGUGGCUCUUUAAGGAAGUGGACACCUGUCUCCGCAGCGAUGACCCGUCCAUCAACCGAGGGGUGGUCAUUGUUGGAAACAUGGGUUUUGGCAAGACUGCCAUCGUCGCCCGCUUGGUGGCCCUGAGUUGUCAUGGAAACCAGAUGUGGCCGACAUCCACUGGCAUCCAGACACUGCCCAAAUAUGCAGAAUCUUUUCCCCAUGAUUCACUGGGAAGAGGGGGAGGCGAUGAAGGAGGAGGGGGAAGCUGUCCAGGGACUCCAGAGAUCAGGAAGAGACAGCAGGAGGCACUACAGAGGCUCGCAGGACAGGUAGUUUCCUAUCACUUCUGUCAGGCUGACAACUGCCACACGUGUCUGGUUCCGGAGUUUGUCCAUACCCUGGCGGCGAGGCUGACUGAAGCCCCUCAGCUGUCAGCAUAUCGAGAGCUGCUGCAUCGAUCACAACAGCUUCAGAGCUCACUCAGCCUGCGGUCCUGCAUCCAAAACCCAAGCUCAGCCCUCCAGAAAGGAAUCCUAGAACCACUAGAUGCUCUCUACAAGGAGAAGGCGCUGCAUCUGGACGGGGCAGGGAUCAUUUUACUGAUCGAUGGCCUAAACGAGGCAGAGUUCCAUCGGCCGGACUACGGUGACACACUCACCACCUUUUUGUCACGAAACAUUCACACGUUUCCUCCGUGGUUGAAGAUCAUCGCCACUGUCAGGACCAGCCAACAGGACAUCACUCGGUCUUUACCUUUUUACCGGAUUUCUUUAGACAAGAUGGAGGAAAACAGCGCCAUAGAUCAAGACCUGCAGGGUUACCUGAUGCAACGAAUCCACAGCAGCCGUGAGAUCCAGAGCAACGUGUCGCUAAGCAAUGGUCGCCUUGACAACAUGGCUUUGGCCAAGCUGAUAAGCCACCUGAAGACCUUAAGCAAAGGCUCCUACCUCUACCUGAAAUUGACCAUGGACUUGAUUGAGGGAGGAUACUUGGUCCUCAAGAGCUCCAGCUUCAAGGUGGUCCCAGUAAGCCUCGCCGAGGUGUACCUGCUGCAACUGAACAUGCGGUUUCCCACACAGUCGUCUUUUUUGCGGGUUCUACCACUGCUCAAUGUGACCGUAGCAUCACUGCACCCACUGAGCGACCAACAGCUCUUUGAGGUGGUGAAUGCGGGCACCCUAACAGGAGGGGCAAUGCAAUGGACUGAGUUUGUGCAGCGCCUGGAGCAGCUGUCUCCUUUCCUGCUGCUGCGGACUGAUGGGAGUCGGAUGCUAAACCACACUUCCUUCAGGGAAUGGCUGGUAUGGAGGGAGGAAGGACAGGACGACAGGUUUUUGUGCGACCCCAGGAGCGGUCACACUUUGCUGGCCUUCUGGCUCUGCAGACAACGAGGAAAGUUGAACGUGCUGCAGACACUUGAGCUGGGACAUCACAUCUUGAAGGCUCAUAUCUACAAGGGCUUAAGCAAGAAGCUCGGGAUUCCCUCCUCAAUUCUGCAGGGCCUUUGGCUUUCCUACAGCACGGAGAGCUUGAAUGAGGCACACACAUCCUUGCGAAACCUUUACACCCCAAACAUUAAGGUUAGCAGACUUCUGAUUAUGAGUGGUGCUGAUGUGGAUUAUCGCAGUGGUGUCCUGAAUAAUGCUCCACUGCUGUGUGUCCACGCUCACCUGGGCCACAAUGACGCUGUGGCACUCUUACUCGACCACGGAGCUCAGGUGGAUGCAAAGUCUCAGGAUGGCUUGACUGCGCUGGGAUUUGCUGCUUCAGCUGGACACCUGGACGUUAUCACCCUGCUGAGUCAGCACAAAGCCAAAGCGGGUCACGUGGACAGCUCAGGUCGGUGCGUGUUGGUGCACGCAGCUCAGCGGGGCCACCUCCAGGUGCUACGCUUCCUGUUGAAGCUUGAGGACUGGAGCUGCACUUCCUGCUGUGGCCACAGGGGGGUGAGCAGGAGCCAGGCGGUGCAGCAGGCACUGGUUGCAGCAGCCAGCAUGGGCCAUUCAGAGAUCGUGUCUCAUCUCCUGGAUCCUCCAGAUGGAGAUGAUAAAGAGGAGGAAAGACCUGAAAUCAACACACCUGACAGUCUGUGGGGAGAGACAGCCUUGACAGCCGCAGCAGGAGGAGGCAGGUUGUCAGUCUGCACGCGGCUGCUGGAUCAAGGGGCUGCUUCGCAGCAAAGCAGCAGGCGAGGGGUCGUGCCACUCUUUUGUGCAGUGCGGGGUGGCCACUGGCAGGUGGUGGAGCUGUUACUAAGUCACGGGGCUGAGGUCAACAUGAUGGACCAGCAGGGUCGAACCGCCUUGAUGACAGCCGCGUCAGAGGGUCACAUGACUACGGCCAAAUUGCUGCUGGAUCAUGGGGCUUCUCUGGAUCUGGCCGACAGGGAAGGUUUAACGGCGCUGAGUUGGGCCUGUCUGAAAGGUCAGCUCCAAUUGGUCAGAGAGCUGGUGGCGAGAGGUGCAACCACGACACACACCGACCGCAGCGGUCGAACACCUCUGGACCUGGCUGCCUUCCGUGGCGACCCUGAAGUGGUGCAGCACCUGGUGGAUCACGGAGCGUCCGUGGAACACGCCGAUUCCAGUGGGAUGCGUCCACUGGACCGAGCGGUCGGCUGCAGGAACACUUCAGCGGUUAUCGCUCUGCUCAAAAAGGGGGCCAAGAUAGGACCUGCAACGUGGGCUAUGGCUACGUCUAAACCAGACAUUCUAAUGGUUCUCAUUAGCAAACUGGUCCAAGAGGGGGACAAACUGUACAAGCAAGGUAAAGUGAGGGAGGCUGCUCAUUCCUAUCAGUCAGCGCUGCAGAAGUUUCCGGUGGAUGAGAUGAAGACCUUCAGACAGCUGAGGGUGUGUGUGCUCCUCAACCUGUCACGAUGUCGCCGCAAGAUGAAUGAUUUCAGCCUCGCUGAGGAGUUUGCCACUAAGGCCCUGGAACUGAAAGCCAAAUCUUACGAGGCCUUCUAUGCCCGGGCUCGCGCCAAACGCAGUCGCAGGCAGUUUCAUGCAGCCCUUGAAGAUCUGUUGGAGGCCAGCCGCCUGUGUCCCUCCAACCGAGAGAUUCAGCGCCUUCUCUCUCGGGUCAAGGAAGAGUGUCGACAACAAGACUCUUCCACUCCCUCCACGCAACAUGUUUGUCAAGGAAACUUCUCCGCCAGUGAUGCCAGGGGCAGAGAUCCCGAAGAGGAGACCUCUAAGGAUGCAGACAAUGAAGAGGAUAGAAGUCAGUGGAAAGGAAAUGUUUCUGCGCCCAUGAUCCAAAGUCUUAACAUCUAUGGUUGCCCAGGAGUCCAGAGCGUACCUUCCUCCGUCUCACCAACGCGUUUAUAUCAUCCGCAAGCCAGUCCGACCCACUCGCCCUCUCACUCUGCACCUCCGCCUCCAUCCUCUUAUCAGUGUUUCAGUCCCCCAACUUCUCCACGGCAGCGUCCUCAGCCAACCAGCCCCCUGUUGGAACGUCAACCCAGUCACAUUCAGAAGGUGUUAUCGGCUCAGCACCCAGACCAUAACCAGGGAGUACAACCCUAUCAACAACAGGCAAAUUUAAGAUCGUUCCAGAACCAGAACCAGUGGCUCCAGCAAGCCAAAGUCCAGCUAGUCCGAACAAGCCAACCCAGUUCAGCGAUUCAUUCCAGUGUGGUUUUGGGGAGUUCAGGCUACUCUCAGUUUGCUCAGCUGCCACAGGAACUCGCUGAACUAGGGGACGGGAUUUGUCCGACCCCCUUUGAUAUGCAACCCAACCAGCAGGCGCAUGCAGGUCUGGGCCCUGGAGCUUCAUAUAAACAAGAUAAUGUGGAUGUUGACCUGGUCUGCCAAUCAAGACCUGCACCUGUGUAUGGGAGAGGAGGAGGAGAUCGAGUAGGGAUGAGUCAUUUCGUACAGGGCCGUCAGUUCUGCCGCAACCAAUCCAAAGCAGCCUACUACCCCAUGGAAGUAACUGAAGGCCCACAAGAUGAUCACCAGUACCUCCACCAGGGGGGACUACGACGCCCACUUAGUGCUCACCCAAACUCCCCUGCAUUUCCCCAGAGACCUGCCCACCACUCCCAGGGUCCCAAUGUCCGAUUCUCCACCAGCAGCGGCAGCCUCGCGAGCGGGCAGCAGGCUAACCGAGGUGCGGCUUUCAGGACCUCAGCCUCCACCCAGCACAUUGACUUACCUCUGCACAUUCCCACAGGAGAGGUGAUCGGUCAUCGUGACGACCUUGUCCUGAUCUCCUCGCCGCAGCCAGACACUUGCCUAGUCGGAGGCGGCACUUAUCCCGGAGAGGCCGGCCGUUCCAGGAACACCCCUUACAUGGGUCUUAAUGACAAGUCCGUGAGGACACAAGGUCCUCCUACUUCCUCAUCCGUCCUCAGCCCCUCUCGAUCCUGGGCCGUGUCUUCGGUGGACACCAUCGUCACGUCGCCGGGAAAAACCCCCACCAAACAGGCGGAGUCGAGCCAGUUCCAACAACCCUUCUCCAUCGCCUACCACAACCGCAGCAACAACAACGGCCAUUAUGACCAGCAGCCGUCCUACUACGACGUGCUGCCGAGCCACACCCCUGCGGGCCAAGUUGGCGCUCACAAGUUCCCUUACCUUGACGUGAAGCUCGCUCGAACACUGCCCGUCAACAGAAAGGCUUGUCCGACCUCACCUGUGAAAGCCAAAAGACCCUUUGUAGAGUCAAAUGUAUAAGACAGAAGGAAGGAAUUCGGAAAAAAAACAUUGAGAUGCUUGAAGAUCCAACUUGCGUUAAGUGUUGAGGUCUGGGUGUACUCGCUCCAGGCGCACCUGACACCUGAAACCCGGCACCGUUUGGCUCGUGUGAGCGCUCUGAUUUCUGAUCAACUUGGCUGCACUUGAUUGGAAGAGGUGGGCCAGGCCACGGCAGCCAAUGACUGUAAUGCGAGGAGCGAUCGCACGGCCACAUUCCAUAACGCAAAUAGAAAAACAUCAAAAGACCCAAAAUCAGGGAGCCAAAACUUCUAUUUAUUUUACAUAAAAUUCAUUAUUAAAGAGAUAAAUUAUUAAAUAUUAGACUAGUCUAAGAUGUUUUGUUUAGCAUACAGUAGGAAGGUCAUUCAUACUGCCCUGACACAUGAAACAUGACGAAUUGGGGGGGGGGGUGGACUAUCCACUCCCACCGCCAGAUGGCAGUAAAGUGCUGAACAUCUUAAAAUGCGUUUUGAGGCAAUUCCAACUUUGACCACAGUAUCAAUUGCUAUUGAGAGUGGCGCUUUCCAUCAUUUUCAGCUCACUGCAUCGCAAAAUGAUUUUCCAUAUGAAUGCCUUCCCUUCUGCACAUUAAGGUACAUCAGUUUGGGGCAUAAAUGGACCUGUGUGCAGUUUUCCCCUCCCUGGGAAAAGUUUGGGAGUCCACCAACGGUCCUCAAGUCAGGAAUGCGAUCGCUCCUCCUAGCCAGCAGAAGGAAACACAGCAAGUACAGAGCGGUGAUGUCACCGAGCACAAAUGUGAUUCUUUUAGGAAAGCGAUGAAAUGCGACGGUAGUGACCGGGGGGGGGGGAAUGAGUCACGUAUGCAAAUAUUGUACAUUUCAUUUCAGAAGGCUCUGGCUACAAAAAAAAAAAAAGUGCGCUCGUGUAUAAAGUUGCCAGUUUGUUUAGCAUUUAGCAGGACAGGACAACGUGUGUCACGAUGGCUUAGAUUGUUUGGCUUUCCCCUGCCACAUCUUUUUAGAACACGAAAGUUAACGUCGCCCGGAAGUGAAGCUGAAUGUUGUGUCAAGAUGAACGCUUCACCGCUACGUCGCCGUUUGCAGGAGUGCUCUGAAAUCAGAGUGCGAGAUAUCGCCACUGUUAGGUUCAAAGGGCAAAAUCUAAUUAGUUCAUUAGUGACAUUUGGGACGAUGUAUUAAUUGUUUUGUUUAUUUGAAUGGCCUAAGUACCUGAAACAAAGCAAACCUACACACGGAUAACUUCUAACAUUUUUGCAGCCAGAGGUUAGGGAGGUGCUAGCGCCUAUUUCACCAUCUGAAAACAUGUUUAACCUUAUAACAUUUACCAAAACAUCAGCUUUUAUUUUGAAAUCCACCCUCGGAGUGUUUAGGGCUGCAGAAUUAUUUCCCAUUUACAUUUAAAAGGCAGUAUAUCUUAUAAUAAAUCUUAUAAUAACAGUUACCAAAACAUCAGCUUUUAUUUUGAAAUCCAGGAAUUCUCUGCUGGAACGCUGGUGUCUCCUUGAGCUAUUAGCUUGUUAGCUUCCUUCGUCACCCGCAAACAAUGACAAUUAAAGAGAGUCGGAGAGUGUUAUUGCAGCUGGAACAAACCAAUCCCUUUUAUGCAAGCCUUCUCUGAUUUCAGAUCAACAUUUGGGAUCGGGUUGGGUGAGGGACGUGCUAGCACUUAGCAAACAUGCUAUACACUAUUUCACCAUCUGAAAACAUGUUUAAUCUUGUAAUAACAUUUACCAAAACAUCAGCUUUUAUUUUGAAAUCCACCCUCGGAGUGAUUAGUGCUGCAGAAUUAUUUCCCAUUUACAUUUAAAACGCAUAAUAUCUUGUUAGCUUCUUUCGUCACCCGCAAACAAUGACUAUUAAAGAGAGUUGGAGUGUUAUUGCAGCUGGAACAAACCAAUCACUUUUUACGCAAGCCUUCUCUGAUUUCAGAUCAACAUUUGGGGUCGGGUUGGGUGAGGGACGUGCUAGCACCUAGCAAACAUGCUAUACACUAUUUCACCAUCUGAAAACAUGUUUACUCUUAUAAUAACAUUUACCAAAACAUCAGCUUUUAUUUUGAAAUCCACCCUCGGAGUGAUUAGUGCUGCAGAAUUAUUUCCCAUUUACAUUUAAAAGGCAGAAUAUCUUGUUAGCUUCCUUCGUCACCCGCAAACAAUGACUAUUAAAGGGAGUCGGAGAGUGUUAUUGCAGCUGGAACAAACCAAUCACUUUUUACGCAAGCCUUCUCUGAUUUCAGAUCAACAUUUGGGGUCGGGUUGGGUGAGGGACGUGCUAGCACCUAGCAAACAUGCUCUACACUAUUUCACCAUCUGAAAACAUGUGUAAUCUUAUAAUAACAUUCAUCAAAACAUCAGCUUUUAUUUUGAAAUCCACACUCGGAGUGAUUAGUGCUGCAGAAUUAUUUCCCAUUUACAUUUAAAAGGCAGAAUAUCUUGUUAGCUUCCUUCGUCACCCGCAAACAAUGACUAUUAAAGGGAGUCGGAGAGUGUUAUUGCAGCUGGA